CCGGAAGAGUUUACAGCACAUUAAUGUGGAAGUGUCCGCUUCAGCAAAGUUUAAUAUUUCAGAUGUCUGACAGGUGCACCUUCACUAUCGUUAUUACGGUCCGAUGCGCCUCUUUCUGGGCCAUUACGGUAACCCACAGCCGCAGUCAUUCACUUGUGUUUAUCCCUGAGCUCUGCUGCGCCUCAGCUCGACAGUCUCUCUGCUCACACUGAUUUCACCUCAUCGUCUCGUGCCAAACUCAGUGUUUCCUCCUCUGACCGUCAGGCCUGUGAAGCAUCCGGUUAACCGCAUCCUCUGCCUAUUGGCCCGCAGCUCCUCUGCGUAAAGGUGAAAUCCUGAGGAGGAGUUAAGAAGAGGCUGCUGGGCCUGGUUCUAGUUCGGGACAGUGAUCAGAUUUUAUACGGAAUUACCUGCCGAGCUGAAUCUAUAGAAGUCUGGGUUCAUGCCGGAUUUCGAGCACUUCAGAUUUUCCUACUCGAGUAUGAAUCCGGUCCUGGGGGAGAGCGGUCUUCUGGCACCACAGCAGCAGCACCACCAGAUGACGGGCCAGACCGACUCCGCCAUCCCGGAGCCUGGUUACUUCCUCGGGGACCACACCGGGUUCGGACCUGAUGGGUUUUCCGGGCUGGAUCUGGGCGCCCUGCCACCGUCGGGCCUCGCCUACCUGCACCUGAGCAGCCCCCUCCACCGCGUGCCCCCGGCGGCCACCGCGCUGCGCAACGACCUGGGCUCCAACAUCAGCGUCCUGAAGACCCUGAACCUGCGCUUCCGCUGCUUCCUGGCCAAAGUGCACGAGCUGGAGCGCAGGAACAAGGUGCUGGAGAAGCAGCUGCAGCAGGCGCUGGAGGAGAACAGCGGAGGGGACGGACACCAGAAACCGCUGACCAAAGACAUGGGGGUCCAGACCGGAUUCAUCGGGCCCAUCCCGGCCAGACCGGGCUUCAUCCCGCUCCACAACGCCAACAACUCGGCCUACCUGCCCGGCGGCCUCCUCUCUCCAACCCUGAACCCCCCUCCUCUCUUUGACAACAAGUACCUGCUGGGGAACAACCUCAACCCCAUCACGGACUCAAACUCCAACCUCACCACGUCCGGGUUCUCCGUCAGCCCGGCGCUGAGUCCCAGCGACCCGUCCAAAACCAUCACCAACAUCAACGAGAGAUACGCUGCUCACGCCGGGACGAACACCAGCAACGCCCCCCCUCCUCCGCCGCGUUUCCUCCCCGGGACGAUCUGGUCCUUCAACCACACCCGCCGGUUCGGCACCGGCAGAGAGUCGUGCGUCACGGGACCCGGGGUCUCCUGGACGCACCCGGACGGCGUCGGGGUCCAGAUCGACACCAUCACACCGGAGAUCAGGGCCCUGUACAACGUGCUGGCCAAGGUGAAGAGAGAGAGAGACGAGUACAAGAGAAGGUGGGAGGAGGAGUACACAGCCAGGAUGGACCUGCAGGAGAAGGUGGCAGAACUGGAGGAGGAUCUGCAGGAGAGUGAGGUGUGUCAGGAUGAGUUGGCUCUCCGGGUGAAGCAGCUGAAGGCCGAGCUCGUUCUCUUCAAAGGACUCGUCAGCAACAACCUGUCAGAUCUGGACACUAAGAUCCAGGAAAAGGCCAUGAAGGUGGACAUGGAUAUCUGCCGCCGCAUCGACAUCACUGCCCGCCUCUGUGACGUCGCCCAGCAGAGGAACUGUGAGGACAUGAUUCACAUCUUCCAGCAGGUGGCCACGCCCCCCUCCACUCUGAACCGCCGGACCAGGAAGCACAGCGGGCAGUCGGCGAAGGGCGGGGACGGAGACGAACUGAGCAUGUCUGAGAGCGAGGGAGGAGGGGGUAAAGACGAGGAGUCGUGCAGCACGUCGGCCAAUCAGAUCAACGAGCAGAUGCAGAAGAUGCUGAAUCAGCUAAGGGAGUGUGAGUUUGAGGACGACUGCGACAGUCUGGCCUGGGAGGAAACAGAGGAAACACUUUUGCUGUGGGAAGAUUUUUCUGGAUACACACUGGGAGUUGAAACACAGGGAGAGCUGCAGCAGCAGGAGGAGUCCAUCGAGAAAGUGAUUAAAGACACAGAGUCUCUGUUCAAAUCCAGAGAGAAGGAAUACCAGGACACCAUCGACCAGAUAGAGUUGGAACUGGCGACAGCGAAGAGCGACAUGAACCGUCACCUGCACGAGUACAUGGAGAUGUGUUCGAUGAAAAGAGGGCUGGACGUCCAGAUGGAGACCUGCAGGAGACUCAUUACACAGAGUGGAGACAGGAAGUCCUCCUCUCUCAUCACACUGACAGUGGACGACACUGACAGCGAGGAGAAGGAGAGGAGGAAGCCAGCAGCUCUCCCUGCCGACUCUGAGGGCAGCGAUUCGUACUGCGAAACCAACGCCGGCAUCCCACCUCUGACCUGGAGGAAACCCUAACACCUGCUGCCGGUAGUACUCUGAAAUAAUGCUACACUGAUGCUCUUCUCUUCCUCUAGUGCCGUUUGUGAGCCUAAAACAUGUGGAAAACAAUACCAGUUGUGUAGAACUGUCAAAAAAAUCCACAUUACAGUAUAUCUAGGUGGUUUUUGUCGACCUGAGGUAGAAAUUAUUUAAAAAUCAGCAGAUCUUGAUCUUUAAGCUUCUCUGAAAAGAGUUUAUCUGAUGAUGUUUGGUAAUUUUUACCGGUCACAAACACGACAGCAGAAGACUUAGAGCAAAAAGGAGGAUUUGUGUGUGUUUCAGUUGGCAGGAAACUUACACUGCUGUCCUUACACAAACAGAAUUUGCUUACAAAGCUUCUAAAAAAGAGAAAUUCACUGAUUUUGCUUCUAUUUUCCCAUCUGAUAAAAAUGAACAAGACAAGUUUUCUUUUCAUUUGCACACUGAUCUUGCUGUUUAGUGCAGGAGCCAAUUAUUUGCACAAUUUCUGUAGUAAUGCCUUUCAAGUGUGAGACACAGAGAGGAAGCAAUGCACAAAUAAAUAGUUUGCACAUGAUGAAUUGUUCAUUAGAGAGCUAUUAUAUGAACUUUUCUGGUGAUUUAUGUCCACUUAUUAUAAUGAAAAGCUUAUUUUUGUUUGUUGUUGUUUUUUAAAUCUUAUUUGUAAUCCUGUCAUGCGCAGCAGCUUAAGAUGUUGCACGUGCAGAAGAUGCUAUUCUACUUUUCCAUUUUCUGGGACUGUACUGUAGGUACAGUAACUAUAAGAUAACAAAGAAACUUCCACUUAUCAAAGCCCAGCUUGCCUUAAAUACAGUAAAUAUUCAGUAUUUGAGAAAUAUGACACGAUGACACCUUCUCUGACAGAGUAGAGUAGAGUAGUAUAAAGUGAGUGUUUUUAGAGGCUGAUUCAGAUUUUCUUUCCACCAAACCCAAACUUUAUAUUCCAGGCAAUGUGGGAAAUUCUCUGCAGCAGCAUUUAGACCUUCAGAAAACACUCAGUGAAUAAAUAUGAGAUGAAAAAUAUUUUAGUAGAGAUGAGGUGCUGAUUGCACUGUGGAAAUCCUGACCACACUGUCCAUAUCAUAUGAUAUAUAUUAAUGAAAAUAACACAGGCCAGGUAAAGAGACUUUUUUCCUAUCCAAUCCUACAACUGUCCACAAACAAUGUUACAUCAUGUGACAGGAAGAAGAGUUGGCAGGAAGACAUUUUACCUCAAUCCGUAUCACAUGCUGUGGAGGUGAAAAGUGUCAUGUUUUUUCUUUGCUUUGUAAAUACAGUCUGUAAAUGUUAAAGUCUAUAAUUUUAGAAAGAAUCCAGCUUCUUAACCUGUUAGGAUUCCUUAUCAAUCAAUCAAUCAAUCAUUUAUCCAUGACCCUGAAAACAACCAAGUUCAUACAAUAAAAUACUGUAAUAUGUUGUUGGCAUCAACAGAAGUUUAAGAGCAUUCUUUUCCUUUAACUAAAAUGAAAAACCUAUUUUAAGAAAUCUUUGUUCUAUAGUAAAUGUACAGUUUGUAAAGGCUACACACUGUAUGUAAUGUACAUAAGAAGGCUGUGUAUAAAGCUGAACUAAUAAUGCUGUAUGAUGUAAAUCUGAAAAUUUAGCUGCCAGUGCAUUUUAAGAUUUUGUUUAUACUGUUAUUUCAGUUUUAGCAUUGCUAUUGCUGUUGACUGAACUGAAUUAGUAUCAUAGCAGUAGAACUGGUGUUAGUGUAGUUUAAAAGGGGUUUUCUUUCUUCAAAUUGCACCUCCAUAAGAUUGAAGUUUACUUUCCUAAAAAUCCUGGUUUUAAAUCUGUUUGUGCCAGUUUUUCUGUCCUUGCUGACAUGCUGCAUUGAAUGUUUUACAGUUUACGGUUCACUUCAUGGUCACAUCUCUGAUUAAUUCAUUAAUGAAUGUCUGCUUAUUCAGUAACCUGCCAUGUUCACCACAGAAGACACAGAUCCAUUAAAGGAACACUUUCAGUUUUAGUCCUUUUCUUCUCUGAGCUCAUUUCUAAUUGUAUCAAGAAAAUGCAUCUUCCAUUGUUUCAUAUAUUAUUUUACACUUUUCACAAUUGUUCUCAGUGGAAAAAAACCCAAGGACUAAAAUUCUAACUGUCACAUUGUUCCUUUAAUGUUAAAGCGAAUCAAAGCAACUGCAAGUGUACAAUAAAGCAAAAUAGACAAACGUCACUCACCUCAUCAAACUGUACAGAUGCUGCUUAAACCGAACUGUUGACAUCUAUAUUAACAGAAUGUAAAUAACAUCUGUGGAGAGAAAUAAAUAAAGUGUGAGAGGAGAAAAACACUUGAAGACCUCAUGAAACAGAAACUAAGAUUAAAGGGAAGAAACACAGUGUGUCCUGAAGUAAGGCUCGAAACACGUUUUCUUUGUAACAACUAAAUGCAUGAAUGGAAUGCUGUUUGUGGGCUUUUGUGCCUGGGCUGUAUUCUCCAUCACUUCACAGGUAAAACAGUUCAUUACUGUUUUCAUGGGGUCUUUAACUUGUUCUUUUUUUCUGUCACAGUGUGCGGAGCUGUAUGUUUGAUCAGUUUACUGAAACAAAAUGAAACAGAAUAAAUGACACUGAAAGAGUC